UCAAUUUGUUUUUCAGGUGCCGAUAUUCAUGCAGUUGAUCCAAGUCGGGAAUUCACAUCUAGAGAAUGGGCAAGGUUUACAGGGAGAUAUGACACAGCCAAUCUCAUGCAAAAACUGCUGGAGAAACCACUUGCAGAACAAUUCAGUGACCAAUUUAAAAUGGAAUGGCCUAAGAUGAAAGAGCUUCUUGCCAAAGCAGCGGAACCCAAAUCAUGUGCACAGAGAAUCUCAGAAUGUAUGAAAUCAGCAUUUACCUUCAAUUAUUUUAGUGAACCCGAAGAAGAUGGGGUCCUUGAUUUCAUGGUUAAAAUUACGACUGGUAUGAGCAGCCCAUUUGUUGCUAUUAGUUGCAGAACAGUAUGUCCAGGCAGCCCGCCCUGUAUUGGGAAACGUAGAUUUACUGUACAGGAGAUUCUCAGGAAACAGAGAGCUGAAGAGAUAAAAACUUCAGAUAAAGACCAUGCAAAAUCCUAUGAAAAACUUUUCAAAAACUCUCAGGUUAUUGUAGUUCCCAAAAAAAAGGAAAGAAGAGCUAGUCUUCAGGUAAAUAUAAUUCCAAGGGCUGAUGUGGUUAACAGAAGAACAAGCCUUCUACCUCUAAAUUUAUUAAGAAGAAGCAGUGUGAGACCAGGUUAUGUAAUUCCAAAAGUUCGGAUCAGUAAAGCACCUGCACCUACUUACCAACCUGAAAAAUUAAGAAGACGCAGUAGUGUCAAUGACAACACUUACUUACAGAUUCCAAAAUGGCGGUAUAAGGAGAUAAAGGAGGAGAGAAAGAAAGCAGAAGAAGAGGCACUUCGAAAACUUGAAGAUGCACAAAAGCAAAGAAAAAAUUCUAGACAAAGAACUUAA